GCCACGCUCCUACAUGUGACGUGAGUGUUCGUGGCUAAAAGUGAACAACGUGAAAUAACUGACUUUUAUAACAGUUGCUUUCUGGUAAACUACAAACAGCGGGCCACGGUCUCAGCUCGGCCGCCAUCUUCACAAUGUGCCAAGUGGAUGAAGACUACCAUGAUGGACUGGAGCGCGCGGAGGUGCCCAGUGUGUCCAAGAAAUGUGUCAAAUGCAAAGAGGCAAGUGCAGCUGUGGUCAUCAGAGCAGGAGACACAUACUGCAGGGGCUGUUUCAAGGAAUACUUCAUCCACAAGUUCAGAGCCAUGCUGGGCAAAAACAGGAUCAUCUUCCCUGGAGAGAAGGUGCUGCUGGCUGUAUCUGGUGGUUCUUCGUCCUCUUCAAUGCUCAGUCAAGUCCAAGAGGGUCUGAGUCAGAAUGCUCAUAAGAAGUUGAGAUUCUUACCUGGCAUCGUUUACAUCGAUGAGGGUGGAGCUGUAGGUCAGUCUGUGGAGGAAAGACGGAGGACGGUGGCUGAGCUGCAGGCUGUGUUCAAAGCUACUGGUUUCCCCUUCCACAUGGUGCCUCUGGAACAGGUUCUGGAUCUUCCCAGUUCAGUUGUGGUGACGGCUCCAGCUGCCUCGGAGCAGCCGGCCAGCGCCUACAAAGCAGCGGUGGAUCACUUCAUUCAGAGCGACAGCAGCAGCUGUUCGACUCCACAGGACCAUGAGCAAACGUCGGUGCCGGAGGUUCAGGAGUCCCACACACAGCUCCUGCAGCAGCUGGUCGGCUCAGCUCAGACACUGACGGCCAGACAGGACCUGCUGAACACACUAAGGCAUCAUCUGCUGGUGCACACGGCUCGCACUGAGGGAUACAGCAAACUGAUGCUGGGAGACAACUGCACCAGAGUGGCUGUGAAACUGCUCACCAGUAUCUCACUGGGCAGAGGAGCACAGCUGGCUCAGGACACGGGUUUCUCUGACUCCAGGUAUGGUGACAUCAUAUUAGUGAGACCAAUGAGGGACUACUCAGCCAAAGAAAUCGCGUACUACAACCACAUGUUCCGCGUUCCCUCUGUUUUUAUACCAGGCGGGGACACUAAGACAACAGACAAAGCCAGUAUCCAGCGUCUGACAGAGAGCUUUGUCACCAAACUGCAGGCCGACUUCCCCUCCACUGUCAGCACCAUCUACAGGACCAGCGAGAAGCUGCAGACAGCGUGUAGGAAGUCCUCCACAGCUGACCAGGCUGACAGGUGUCUGCUCUGUAUGUGUGCGCUGGACACUGCUGUUGAGAACGCUUCUGCCUUUCAGGCCACACUGACCUCAGAGCAGCUCUCCCAGAAUAAACCUUCAGGAGCCACAGGGACUGAGACCCCGAGACCAAACCCAGCUCCAGUGGAGCAAGAAUCAACUGCUCCCUCUGGACAGUGCUGUUCCUCCGGAGGAGAGGAUUGUGGGAGAGCAGAGAGAGGUGGUGGAGGCUGCUGUUCUUCUGCCAAGGACCCAGAGAGAACCGAUCUGAAGAGCCUGUUGUGUUACAGCUGUCAGCUGACCAUCAAAGACAUGUCGUCACUGGAGCGUCUCCCUCAGUACAUCCUGUCAGAGGCUCAGAGGAGGCAGAGGAGGUCUCAGAUGAGAGAGGAGAUCAGUGAGUUCCUGCUGGAUGAUGGUGAUGAAGGCAGUUAGAGGGAGGAGCCUCUGAAGCUAAAUGUUCACCUCCAGCUGUCCGCUCUGAAAAACGUACAUCACCACUCUGCUCAUUCCAACGUGCAGCCAGUGGACAACUUUAAAAUAGAAAUACUUCCCAAAUAUACUGAGUUUUACAAAAGAAGCCCCAUGUGAGAGGUGGUCGCUCAUACAGCACAUGGCUAAGCAACAGGGGGCUGUGUUGGGGGGGGGUUGUAAGUCCAGUUUGAGAAACAUCCGUGAGUUUGGAGAUUUAUCAGACACUGAAACACAGCCCACAGGCUUAUAAUACUACAGACAGGAGUUUACAACUCUAGAAAGUUACCAUGGCAACAACUGUUUUAUUUCUUUUGUAACAACAAUCACAAAAUGAAGAGCAGGAUCAUGUUACAAAGUGAUAUUAAAGUAUUUGUUUUUUCCAUCUAAAGUUUUUUUUCAUACGUUCAUUAUUAUCCUGUCAUGUGGAUUGAGUUCAGAGGCUGGUGAAAACCUGACGUUUGAAGAAUGGAGAACUGGAACAGAACCAGAUCACAGAUCAGUUUGACGCUGAGAUUUUGUAUUUGUAAUUUCUUCUAGAAAUAAAGUUUUUAUUUAAAGCUGCUUUCAAGCCA